AUUUGGUGGGCAUCGAUGGCCAAGUGGCUCCGGGACUAUCUGAGCUUUGGCGGCCGGAGGCCCCCUCCGCAGCCGCCCACCCCCGACUACACCGAGAGCGACAUCCUGCGGGCCUACCGCGAGCAAAAGGACCUGGACUUCGAGGAUCCUUAUGAGGAUUCCGAAGGCCGCUCCGAGCAGGAGCCCACCGGGUCCGGGGACCCGAAAUACAACUCGCCCAGGCAUCAUCGGCUAAUCAAGGUGGAGGCUGCGGACAUGGCCAGAGCCAAGGCCCUACUGGGUAGCCCUGGGGAGGAGCCGGGAGCAGACACUGAGUACUCAGACCCGUUCGAUGCCCAGCCUCAGCCACCAGCCCCGGAUGAUGGGUACAUGGAGCCCUACGAUGCCAGGAGCGUUUCCAGUGAACGGCCAAGCAGAGCCGUCCAGCUUUAUGAUACGCCAUAUGAGGAGGAGCGCGAUACAGAACCGGAAGACGGACCGGCUUCUGGCCAGGGCAGGCUGCCCCUGGAGGAUGAGAGGCCAGCGGAUGAAUACGACCAGCCGUGGGAAUGGAAGAAAGAUCACAUCUCCAGGGCCUUCGCAGUACAAUUUGAAGGUCCUGACUGGGAACGCACCCCAGGCUCCACCAAGGAGCCCCGAAGACCGCUGCCUGCGGAGCGCGUGGACACAGCCCUGGCCCUGGAGAAGCAGCCGUGGUUUCACGGCCCCCUGAGCCGCGCAGAGGCCGAAAACCUUCUGUCCCUCUGCAAGGAAGGCAGCUACCUCGUGCGACUCAGCGAGACCAGAGCUCAGGACUGCAUUCUGUCCCUCAGGAGCAGCCAAGGUUCCAUGCACCUGAAGUUUGCGUGGACCCGGGAGAACCAGGUCGUGCUGGGCCAGCACAGCGGGCCCUUCCCCAGCGUGCCUGAGCUGGUCCUGCAUUACAGUGCCCGCCCACUGCCUGUGCAAGGCGCAGAGCACCUGGCCUUGCUCUAUCCUGUCACCAGCAGCCAGAGCCCUGAAGGACUCUGCACAUUGGCUGCUAGGCCAGAGAGGGAGUGGGGGACCCUUGGCGCACAGACUUCCUCCAAGCCAUCUUUCAUGCCCCUUGGUGGGGUGCUCCAGACCACUAAAACACUGUCAGGACUUGUGAGGGGCUUGGCCAGCUAA